AUGUCAGGAGAAUUUAGCCAUGGCUUGUUUAGCUGUUUCGACGACUGUAUGCUGUGUUUGACGACCUAUUUCGUGCCAUGUUAUACUAUGGGCAAGUCGGCAGAAGCUGUAGGUGACGACUGCUUGUUAUGUGGUUUGGCGCUCUUGGUUCCCUUCAUAGAUCUCUACGCUCUGUGUUCCAAUCGUGCGAAAAUUCGUGAGCAGAAAGGCAUUCCAGGCAGCGCUGUUUCGGAUCUUCUUACCGUAUGCUGUUGCCCUCUAUGUGCUCUAGUCCAGCAAGCUCAAGAAAUGGGUGUCAAGGCACCAUUUGGUCAAUCGAUGAGCCGCGAAUAA